AUGCUGCACUGGGGAUACGACGAGCACAACGGGCCUGCCCACUGGAAGGAGGUUUUUCCCGUUGCUAAUGGAGACCGUCAGUCACCCAUCGACAUCAAAACUGAGGAAACCAAGUAUGAUCCCUCCCUCCGUCCUCUAAAUCCCAGUUAUGAUCCAGCUUCUGCUAAAAUCAUCCUUAACAAUGGGCACUCCACCAGUGUGGAGUUUGAUGACACCGUCAACAAAUCAGUGCUGACUGGGGGGCCACUCAGCGGGACCUACAGGCUGCGCCAGAUUCACUUCCACUGGGGAUCCAAUGACGAAGCUGGCUCUGAGCACACAGUGGAUGGGAUGAAGUAUGCUGCAGAGCUUCAUGUGGUCCAUUGGAAUGCAGAGAAGUAUUCCAGUUUUGUUGAGGCAGCUUCUCAGUCAGAUGGACUAGCAGUCAUGGCUGUAUUUCUGAAGAUUGGUGAAUGCAACCCUCAACUGAACAAGAUUACUGACCGCUUGGACACCAUCAGAAUCAAGGGAAAAAAAGCACUAUUCACAAACUUUGAUCCCAGCUGUCUGCUUCCCAAGUCCUUGGACUACUGGACUUACUUUGGAUCGCUCACUGUUCCACCUCUUCUUGAGAGUGUCAUCUGGAUUGUUCUGAGAGAGCCAAUAAGUGUUUGUUCUGAACAGCUGGCCAAAUUCCGCAGCCUCCUGAGUACUGCUGAGGAUGAGGUCGCUUGCUGCUUGCUGAGAAACUUCCGGCCUCCCCAGCCUCUAAGGGGACGAGAAGUCAGAAGGAAUUAAAGGAGUAA